CUGAUCAUUUACCCAACACCACCCGGAGUAGAUCAGUCGGAUAAGUUCAAGAUCAACCUGCAUCAAGAUGACUUCCCUGCUCAGAAUAGUUUUAUUUUUAUCAGUAGAUCAAAUAAUCGUAUAGGACAAUCCAGUAGUGUCAAGCCGAAUAGGACCGUAUCGUGGACAUCCUUUGCUUUUACAGGGUCUCCAGUUGUGGCUACAGUUUUAGCAGCACAGGACUUUAAACAAUGCAUCGUUAGACCAAAACGAUAUGGAAUAGGAUGUCGAAAAACUGGAAGUAAUACCGCUACAUUUAAUAUAACAGAAAAUACAGUCACGAUGUCCGUUGAAUUCGACUACGAUUACGGCAGUUUUAAAUCGGACAUCGUUGACAAGCUCUUAAUAUUUGCUGACGCUCCCGAAGAUGACGUACCUGAUCCAACCGAUCCAGGUGUUCUGUUUUACGGUUCUGAAGCAUAUAAUCUUAAAGGCCAACUCCAGUUAAAUGAUUCAAUACGUCAAGUAUAUUUGGCACCCGGUGCUUUCGUUGAGGGUGGGUUAAGAACAAUGUCCCUGAAACCCAUUAAAAUAUCCGGAAGGGGGAUUCUUUCUGGUGCUAAUUACCCUCACAAGGACCCAGGAUUCCUAUGGUCCAUUAUAAAUGUUGAUAACGGGAUGAAUCAUACCGUGGAAGGAAUCACUAUGGUUGAUCCACCCCAAUUUUUCUUUCGGGGACUCGGUGAUAAUAAUGUUGUUAGGAACGUAAAGACUGUAGGGCCAUGGACCCACAACACCGAUGGAGUAGGGAUAGGUUCUGGUGGUCUCAUAGAGGAUUCCUUUUUUCAGACCAAUGAUGACACGUUCAAGGUUUAUAACGAUGGACUGGUUGCUAGGCGGUGCGUGGUAUGGCAAGGACAAAAUGGCGCCGUGUUCCAGUUCGGUUGGUGGGUGGAUAGACUUUUGAACAACGUUUCUAUAGACACCAUAGACGUCAUACAUACAGAUUGGUGUACAUUUAAAGGGGAGGUGUGUCAUUCAAGUGGUAACGAUGCCGUGAUGGAUUUGGCUGGUAAAACAACCCUGUUAAAUACAUCAAAUAUUAACAUUACCAAUGUUCGACUAGAAGGAGAUUGUCCUAGAAUAUUUAACUUUGUAAUGGAUACCAAAGCGACGGGUAUCGUCAAAGACGUAUAUUUAAAUAACUGGGUAUUGGAUGGCCUGACUGCGCAUACUGAUAUGGACAACGAGCUGGGUGGAUCACGACAAAGGGGGCGACUCUCUUCUUGGUUAAUAAAUAACAUGACAAUAGCAGAAAAAUGCAUAACAAGGCCAUCACAAGCUAACGUUAAAAUCGAUCCAAAAACAACAAACAAUAUAAAAUUUUCAUGUGGAUAGAUAACUGAUACUCAAUGAUUGUAUGCGUCUUCAAAAGUCUUGUAAAAGCAAAUUCUGGCUCUCUAUUAAUGAGUAAAAGCCACCACCUGCAUUAUAAAUGAAAAUAUACAAGCAACUAUAUUGUUUCAUGAUUGAUCAUUUCUUACACAUUUCUUUUGUUUUACGUUCAUUAAAUAUGCAUAAUGUAAAAUAUAUAUCCAUGUAUGUUUAGGAAAAUAAUCAAUACUUUUCGUGCUGAAUGUGAGAUUUAACUGUCAAAUUCAGUUUUCUGCUUUUGACACGUUUUAUCCUGUUUUUGUCCGUUGUCAUGUUCCAUUAUUAAUUCAAUUAGAAAAUAAG